GAACACGAUCAAAGUGAAAUUAUACUGCAAACAUACUCGAAAUAGACAAAAACGCGAGCCUCCUAUAAUUACUAGGAGUCUUACGUACCAGUCCACUCUUAUUUUCCACGAAAUUACUACCCAUCUCUCUCUCUCUCUCCCCCAAAGCUAAAACAAUCACUUUCACAAAACUCUCUCUCCCUCAAUUAAAAUGAUCACCCAGUAAUACUCUCUUUUCAUCUUUACCCUUUGAUCCCUCACUCCAAAACACACACAUAUAUAGACAAAACACACACAGAGAAUUGAUGGAGCACAAUCAGAGCAGCGAUGAUGAGUACUCUCACAGCGACGAUGAUUACAACUUUAAUGAUGAGCUGCACUUCUCUGAACCCUCUUCAUCUAAUAAGGUGAUCAGGAAAGAAUCUUUGUUGGCUGCACAGAGGGAAGACCUACAAAAGGUAAUGGAUUUGCUGUUUGUGAAAGAACACCAUGCACGGACCAUACUCAUUCAUUAUCGUUGGAAUGUUGAAAAAGUCUUUAUGGUGUUUGUGGAGAAGGGAAAUGAGUUGUAUGCAGAAGCAGGUAUAACAGUAAAGGAGCAUGAUGGACAAUCCUUGUUUCAAAACUCAUCUAAUGUAACAUGUGACAUUUGCAUAGAGGAAGUUUCAGCAAUUGAAACAACGACAAUGGAUUGUGGCCAUUGUUAUUGCAAUAAUUGUUGGACUGAACAUUUCAUUGUGAAAAUAAAUGAGGGCCAGAGUAGACGCGUCAGAUGCAUGGCUGAAAAGUGCAACGAAGUUUGUGAUGAAGGUAAAGUUAAAAGUUUGGUCAGUGCCAGAGAUCCUGUUCUUGCUGAGAAGUUUGACUGCUUCCUCCUACAGUCAUACAUAGAUGAUAAUAAGAAGGUGAAAUGGUGCCCUAGCAUUCCUCAUUGCGGAAAUGCAAUCCGGGUCGAGGAUGAUCAGUACUGUGAGGUUGAAUGUGCAUGUGGCCUGCAAUUUUGCUUCAAUUGUUCAGCUGAAGCACAUUCACCAUGUUCAUGUCUGAUUUGGGAGCUUUGGCACAAGAAAUGUAUGGAUGAAUCGGAGACAGUUAACUGGAUUACAGUCAAUACAAAACCCUGCCCACAUUGUCACAAACCAGUGGAGAAAAAUGGCGGAUGUAAUAGAGUACGAUGUAUCUGCGGACAAGCAUUCUGUUGGAUUUGUGGAUGUGAUUAUGCAUGGCAUGGUACUCAAGGUCACAGUUGUGUUCGAUACAAAGAUGAUUACCAUGCAGUAAAUACUGAACAAGCAAGGACAGAACUUCUGCGCUAUAUUCACUAUCACAAUCGUUUUCAAGCUCAUAUUGACUCUCUAAGAGCUGAAUAUAAGCUGAAAGGAACAACCCGGUAUAAAAUUUCAUUUCUGGAUGCGAAGAAAACAGAUUCUAUGAAUUUUUCGUGGCUAUUUGAUGGCCUUUACAGACUCUCCAGAUCAAGGCGGAUUCUCUCAUAUUCCUAUCCUCUGGGAUAUUACAUGUUUGGUAAUGGACUGCUAAAAGAUGAAAUGCCGAAGAAUAUAAGGAUAAUGAAACAGAACUUGUUUGAGGACCAACAGGAGCAGCUUGAGUUAAUUGUUGAGCAACUCUCUAUGUGUCUGGAACUUCCAUUUCAUGAGUAUCCUGAAUAUAAGUUUGUGGAAACCAAAAUUAAGAUCAUUGAUUUAUCCGGGAUUGCUGACAAGUGCUGCAAACGAUUGUAUGAAUGUAUUGGUAAUGAAUUAUUAGGCGAAUUGCAUCAGGCAGUUCAUAUUAUAGCUCCUUAUAGGGCGUACGGUGUAGAACGUGCAUCCGAGAUUCCCAGUGAAAGCUCUGAUGAAAACGAGAGGUGUGUGGCGAGACCUUGUCAUCCUUCUUCUAGCUCUCAGGACUUGUACGAAGGGAACGGUGGUCCACUAAAGCGUGUGAAAAUAGAUGAAGAAGAGUCAAGAUGGGUCUAGUUAAACAGCUGGACAUCCCUGCAGCAGAAUAAACCUAUCAAUCGCGAGAUGUGUUCUAGUACUGCAUCAGAGUUAACUUACCAAUUGUGGUUUGAAGUUUCAAUGCACAUUUGUCAGCAGUAGUAGACAUCAACAAAUUAGCAACUGUCGACUUGUACAAAUCAAUUUACAGCUAGGGUCUUUUAAUCUCCUUCUACUUGAAUUUGUAAUUUCAGAAUCUGGAUUUCGAAUGUUAGUAGUAAUUAACUAGGAUGUAUUUUGAAGUCGCUAAUGAUUAUGGAUGGAAUUGAACUCGUACUUUAUGCUGCUAAUCAUUUAGUUAUUUGGUCGAUGGAUAAUUAUGGUUCCUUUUUCUCCAA